AUGAGCAAGUUUGGCGCCAUGGUCAUGGGCCCCGCGGGUGCCGGCAAGUCAACAUUCUGCGCCGCCCUCAUCACCCACCUCCAGAUGAACCGCCGAUCAGCCUUCUAUGUCAACCUGGACCCGGCGGCCGAGUCGUUCGAGCACACGCCCGACCUCGACAUCAAGGAGCUCAUCUCCCUCCACGAUGCGAUGGAGGAGGUGGGCCUGGGACCCAACGGCGGGCUGAUAUACUGCUUCGAGUUCCUCAUGGACAAUCUGGACUGGCUGACGGAGGCGCUGGAUUCCCUGACGGAGGAUUACCUGAUCAUCUUCGACAUGCCGGGCCAGAUAGAGCUGUACACGCAUGUGCCGAUUCUCCCAACGCUGAUGCGCUUCCUCUCGCAGCCAGGGUCUCUGGACGUGCGCAUGGCGGCCGUCUACCUCCUCGAGGCCACCUUCAUCGUCGACAAGGCCAAGUUCUUUGCCGGCACGCUCAGCGCCAUGAGCGCCAUGCUCAUGCUCGAGGUGCCACACAUUAACGUGCUGUCUAAGAUGGAUCUGGUCAAGGGCCAGGUCAAGAAGAAGGACAUGAAGAAGUUCCUCACCCCGGACACGGCCCUGCUGGACGACGAGCCCCGUGGCCGCCUCGAUUCCGAGAGCGGCAGGCAGGACCAGGGUCGGGAUGGCGACGGCGGCGGCGACGACGACGACGGCGAAGAUGAUGACGACGGGACUGCUCCCCCCGACGACAGACGUCAGGUCAUGAAGGGGGCCAGCUUCCGACGGCUCAAUCGCGCCGUCGCCGGACUUAUCGAGAGCUUCAGCAUGGUAAACUUCUUAAAGCUCGACGUCACCAGCGAGGACAGUGUGGGCGCCAUCCUCAGCCACAUCGACGACUGUAUUCAGUUCCACGAAGCCCAGGAGCCAAAGGAGCCUGCUGAUGAAGAUUCUGCCCAGGCUGACGAGUAA